CUCAAAUAUAACGUAUUUUUCUAAGAACUGAUUAUGACUGUUAACAUGAAGUGUCUUCAUAGUAUGUAGUCAUAGUCUGCUUGAACGACACAUCAAAUCGAGAGAUGGAGAUUUCAUUAUCUCGCCAGCUAGAGAACAACCUAACAAAGACUCUUCUUAACAACCUUCUUCAAAAUGAUGAGCAAGUUAUUUUGCUUCGUGAAGAUGAAACGUUUCAACUGAGUCGUACAGCAGCCAUCCAAUUCUCCGUCGUAAUGAAAAAUAGUCUGGAAAAAGCACCUCAAGGCGUUAGUCCAAAAGUUGAUGUAAGUGAGUUUGGUGAACAUACCAUUCAACAUUUUGUGCAGUAUUUACAUGGAAAUGGAGAAGCAGUUGUAUUUUUAGAUUGGAGAGAAAUGAUUAACUUGUACAAAAUAUCUUUCAAAUUUCAAGUGAAGCUUGUGAUAGAUUUGAUGAUUGAGAAGGGAAAAAAUCUCAUUUCAAAGGACAACAUAUAUGAAGCCAUCAUAAUAAUCGAUUCGCAUGAUAUCAAUGAAUGGUUGGAUUGUUGUUGUAGUGUUCUGCUGGCAAAUAAAGAUUUAAUGAAAACGAAAGAAUGGGAAGAUUUGAUCGAAACAAAUCCAAAAACCAUGGCAAGAUUGUUUCAAUUAUAUUUCACAAAGUCUAAUAAUGGUUGGCCAAUUUUACAAAGUCCACGAAAGAGUCCACAGAAAUAAAAAUUUACGGAAUGUGCGAACUAUUCUACUGAUGAACUACAACAGUGUAAUAAUUUUGCUGUUUUUGUUGUAAUUUGAUUUUUUAAAAAAGUAACAUAGAAUA